AUGUCUAUCGUCGGCCUUGCGCACGUCAACCUGAUUGUACCUGAAGGCAGUCUUGAGCUGGCCAAUGAUUUCUACGGCAAGACCUUGGGAUUGACGCCGCGCGAGGUGCCAUCGCUCCAGCGGGGUACUCUUGCAUGGUUUGACAUCGGUACCAGCGGGCAACAGGUCCACAUAGCUUUUGGUCCAGACGAGGUGGAAUCCAGGCGACAUCCUUGCUUUAAGCUGCCGUCAGCUGAGGCACUGUUCGAACUGCAAAGUCGGAUCUGGGAGCAUUUUCAGGCAGGCGGCAAGUCGGCACCCAGGCAGGCGGAUCAGCCUGGGCAGGCGAACUCGGGUUCGAAAGGGGUGGAAUAUCCCACGCGGUUUUUUGCGCGAGACUACGCCGGGAACCGGCUCGAGUUCAGCUUGUAG